UGAGUGUGUAUGUGUUGGUGGUAAUGUCUGAAUAAAGUUGUGGGUAGCAGCGUAGCUCGUGUUUAGUACUUAACUAACACUCAUUGCGGCCGGAGCGCAGUGGCUCUCGUUUCUAUCAAUACGCGAACAACUUCCCCUUCCCUGCGAAGACGAAGAAAUUCAAUCCCGUCGUCCCAUUCAAACGCAAGCCAACCCCAGAUAAGGUGUCGUCAUCCCUCGUUCUACAUUCCGCGGUAAUCGCGGUAAACAUUGUUCUCGGUAUUGUUCGCUAUUGUGUGACUGAUUGUGUGACUUGCGCAUUUCCAGCCCGCCCCCUGUUACAACGAAGCGUCCCCUCCGGUCCCGGUGGCAUAGAAAAUCCAGGCUUCAAUUGGCUUCAAAAGGAAGAACACAACAGCAGCAACAUGUUGUCGCACUUGUUGAAGGAUACCAGCGUGAUCGUCAGCACCGGCAACGUGCUGAAUGUGAGCGAAUUGCGCAAGAAGGCCGGCCAGAAACCGACCGAUGAGCUGACGGACUGUCUCCGCUCGACGUUUGGCGAAGCGGACGUAACCGAGCUGCCCCCAAACCGGCGGCUCAUCACACGCCGCAACAACGAUCUGCUGGAAAAGGUGAAGGAGCAUCCUCGGGCGGACAUCAAGAUUGGGGCCAAGAUUUUCCUGAACCGUUUCUCCGAACCGGCGCUAACCGAGGCGGUGGAGAAGCUGUUCGAGACGCUGAACGUGUCCUACCUGGACAACCUCAUACUGGCCUACCAUCCGACGGGAGCAUCGGUGGUCGGCAACGGCAACGGCGGUACGCCGGAGCCCGGUGAAGAAGAGGAAGAGCAGGAGGUGAAGGAGGGCGUGAUCGAGUGGGCGGUCGGUAGUGACAAUGCGGUGGGCAACUUGAAGAAGCUCUGGUCGCUGCUGGAACGGUACGCUGGGGACGGAAAGAUUGGCCAGCUCGGCAUUGCCGACCUGGAUGCGGACUCGCUCAAGGAGCUGUACGAUGCGUCCACGGUGCAUCCGUCGAUUGCGCAGAUCAACCUGGCCGCUUGCUGUGUCGUGCCGCCGCAGCUGCAGGCGUACUGCAAUCAGAACGAAAUUCAGCUACUAACGCACAGUGACCCGCAGGAACUACUCCCACGGGAAGUGCUGGACGAGCUGGACCUGGCAAGCUACGGGGCCGGCUGGACGUCCCGCUACCAGGUGCACAUCAAGUGCCGCGGUGUACUCGCCGCCAAAGGGUUCAUCGUCAGUCUGGACCGUGCGAACUGAGCGGCCCGCGGCUAGACAACAUCUGCCACCGGAUUGCCAUUCCGCAGGGGCUCCUAAUAUAAAGGGGGAGCAUCGACGGAUCGACGACACUGCUGGACAGUUCCGUUUCACUGAGAUGCACACACACAUACAAAAAAGCGCGCACACACACACUGUUCGGGCACAAGACUCCUCUACCAGCCCCCACAACUAUGCCACUCUGCGUGUGUGCGAGUGUGUGUGUGCUGUGGGAGUCUGCAGUACCGUCCCUUAGACGAGUUCACUUAAUUCAGGUCGAUGUGUUGUAGUAGUGCUCUCUGGGCGAGGGUAUUCAUUGAUGUUUAGAACCGAUUUUCUACAGAAAAACAAAACUUAACAAAGCAACAGCAACAAAUGCACUUAACAGAAAACAUUCGAUGUUAACAGUAGUGUGUAAGGGGGAAGCGACGACGGACCGCGGGUAGGCGACAGGACGGACGAACACGGACGAAGUAUUGCCAGCUUUUACAGGAUGAGGCUUAGUUGUGUAGUUGUGUAGUGAUGUGUAAUAGAAACCAGAAAAGACAUGAACGCUUUUUAGACGUAAGGUUAUGCACAAGGGGGUUGGGGGAGGUGCGAACCUUCGCUUACUUUCUUUCCAAUCGGAUCGAGCGCGCCGCCUUUUUACGAAGAGGACAAACGAAAUAGAUACAGCGAGAGAAAGAGAGAGGGAGAGCAGCGAAUGUUUCCGUAGUUGUGUAUCGCUUUUAUAACUAUCUAGUAGUAAUUAUUAUUGUUACACAGAAGAAAGCAAGUGGGCGAAAGGUGUUUUUUGUUUUUUGUUGUUCAUACAUUGGUGGGCGGUAAUGGGCGCUCUGUAGCGAGCUGUCCUCGUCUAAGGAACGUAGCAUGCAAAUGUGCCUGAAAGGAGCGAGCAACCGUUUUUAUUCCCUUUUUCCGCUGCGUGCUACACCAUAUUAACGGCAGGAAGGGUUGUGCACGGUAGGAGGGAGGCCAUGCUGUCUUUACGAUGUGAUUAUAACGAUACGAUGUGCAAAUAAUUGUUAGUGUUUUAGGUGUGUGUGCGCGUGUGCGUGGUAAAUAAAGAAAGGUCAGGCCAGGACGAUCUAGCACCGCACAGCGCACGGCAGCUUCUUGUCUCCCAGAGACGGCAUGGACACACAACAAGCACACAUACACACACAAACACACACAAACACGCUUAUUAUACGUUUCGGUUGCAACAAUUUCAACAACGGGCAAUCGUUCAAACUAUUGCUAGGUGCAAUACGAGGGCAACACAUGGAAGGAUAUCUUAAAAAAAAUAAAAAAAAUAUUGAUCCGUCUUGUGGAUAUAUUUGUGUAAAUAA